AAACUCCAUGGAAGAGAUAAAAUAUAUUAGAUUUAGCCGAUUGGUUCGCUGGGGAUAGCGUGCGGAGAGAGAGAGAGAGAGAGGUGUGAUUCUUCUCAACCCAGAUUUCGAGCUCAGGUGUUGUGGUGGUUUGUUGAGUUGGUGAGGUGGUGGGAAUGAGUUCAAUGAGCAGGAGCAGGAGUCCGAGCCGUGACAGGAGCCGUAGUCGGAGCCCCAGAGACAGGAGAAUGAGAUCUGAACGUUCUUCUUUCCGUGAUGCUCCUUAUCGUAGGGGUGACCGUGAGCCACGCCGUGCUUUCAGCCAAACGAAUCUCUGCAAUAACUGCAAGCGACCUGGUCACUUUGCAAGAGACUGUCCUAAUGUCUCCGUCUGUAACAACUGUGGCCUUCCAGGGCACAUUGCAGCGGAAUGCACUGCAGAGUCACGGUGCUGGAACUGCAGAGAGCCAGGCCACGUAGCAGGCAACUGUUCAAACGAAGGAAUCUGCCACUCCUGUGGCAAAACUGGACACCGAGCGAGAGACUGCACGAACCCAGUUUCUCGUGCAGGAGACUUGAGGCUCUGCAACAACUGCUUCAAACCGGGGCAUCUCGCCGCCGACUGCACAAACGACAAGGCCUGCAAGAACUGUAGGACUUCAGGUCACAUAGCUCGUGAUUGCCAGAACGAUCCGGUCUGCAACAUCUGCAGCAUCUCGGGACAUGUUGCCAGAAACUGCCCAAAAGGGGACAGCAGUUACUCUGACCGAGAGAGAGGAAGCAGGGCUCGAGGCGGUGGGAUGCAAAGAGAUGGUUUUGGCAGGAUGGGCAGAGACGGCGGCAUGCAAAGAGAUGGUUUGAGCCGAGGGGGCAGAGAUGGCGGCGGCGUUGGCGCUAUGAUAAUAUGUCACAACUGUGGUGGCAGAGGACAUAUGGCUUAUGAGUGCCCAUCUGCUCGAAUUGCUGACCGUGGUUCCCGCCGUUACUGAUGUUCUUCAUUGUUCUUAGCUUUAUGUCUGGUGAUUCUAUAGCUUUGCUCUCUCGUUUUAGUUGCUACUUUUGUUGUUGUUUUUGGCUGUUGGAGUGAGUUGAAUGUGUUUCUUUUUGUGUGAAAUUUGAGACAUUGAUUGUGUUGUAUGGCAUUGAUUAGAUUCUUAGUUCUGAGUUUCAAGAAUCCAGUUUUAUUUUUAAUACA